GUUGAUUUAUUUAAUCGAAGAUAUGUAUAAUAUUUUAGGCGGAUACAAAGCAACUACAAGCCUACGCCAAAAGAACCCCAAUCUGAAGAUUCUCAUUUCACUUGGAGGCAGUAAGGAGGAUGGUUCCCAUCGUUUCAGUACUAUGGUAUCCAAUGCCAGGAAACGCAUGAACUUUAUUCAGUCUGCGAUCUCAUUCCUCACUAAAUACGAUUUUGACGGCAUGGAAGUACAUUGGGAAUAUCCAGGAGCUGAAGAGUCUGGAGGACAAAUAACGGACAAAGAAUUUUUGGCACUAUUUUUGGAAGAGACUGCCGAAGUUUUCAAGCAGAAAAAGUGGGAAUUGGUCCUUUCCGCACCAGCAUCGAGGUUUAAAAUAGAGGAUGGAUUUGACCCUAUGAAAGUUGGAGACAUUGUCGAUUUUGUGAAUGUACAAGCGUAUGACUUCCACUUGGAGAGAGAAGCAGUAGCGGAUCAUCCGGCCAAUUUGUUCGCCAGACCUGAGGAUAGUGGACUAAAUAUAUUUUUAAGUGUGGACUACGCAGUGCAAUUUUGGCUACGAAAAGGUCUUCCUAGCUCAAAACUGAUUUUGGGAAUUCCGUUAUUCGGAAGAUCCUUCACGUUAAAAUACUCUAACGAAACCGAAAUUGGCUCGCCGAUUAUUGGACCAGGAAGAGAAGGAUUUUAUACUAAAACUCCAGGAUUGUUGGCAUAUUUUGAAAUAUGUGAAAUGUUCCUGAAUGAAGGAUGGUUUAAAAGUGAGGAUGCCUCUGGGUCUCCGUAUAUGGUAAAUGGGGAUCAGUGGGUUGGAUAUGAUGAUCUUGAUAGUAUUAAGAGGAAGGUUGAUUAUGCAAAAGAACACAAGCUUGGCGGUGUAGCAGUAAAUGCAGCAGAUUUUGAUGACUUCAAAGGUCUUUGUGGACCAAAAUGGCCUCUUAUGACCCUUGUUAAUAGCGAAAUAAAAGGAGUCAAUCCGACAUUUCUUACUGACGCAUAUACACAACCCACUAAACCAUUUGGUGUCUGCGACUCCUCAGGAUACUACAGCGAUUCUUCCAAUUGUGCAGCAUUUUACGUCUGCAAGAAUGGACUAAUCUAUCAUUUGUCAUGUGGACAAAACCUCAUGUUCAACCCGACAAACGGUAAAUGCGACCAUGUUAAUCCAGAAAUGUGUCGACCUGGCGAGACGGUCUUUUUGGCCAGUAGUUUGAAGGAGAUUAAUUUAGGCCACAUAAAGGAGAAUCUGGAAGAUGAUAGAGCAAAAGUUGUUUGUUACGUCACCAAUUGGGCUUUCUACAGAAAAGGGGAAGGAAAAUUCGUACCAGAGCAUAUAGACCAAAGACUUUGUACUCACGUUGUUUACGCCUUUGCUAGUUUGGAUCCUGAGAAGCUUCUGGUAAAGGAGUUUGAUCCGUGGGCCGAUUUGGACAAUAACCUUUAUGAAAGAAUUACGUCAUUGAAGGACACCACCGUACUGCUCUCAUUGGGAGGCUGGACAGACUCGACAGGUGAUAAAUAUUCAAGACUGGUAAGCGAUGGUUCCGCUAGGCGACGAUUUGUCGUUGGAGUUGUGGGUUUUCUACGUAGGCACAAAUUUAGGGGGUUACAUUUCGACUGGAACUACCCCACUUGUUGGCAAAGCAAUUGUAAACGAGGACCAUCUACGGACAAAACCAAUUUUGCUAAAAUUAUACAGGAAUUGAGGAAAGAAUUUGACAAACAGUCACCACCACUCGUGCUAGCAGCUGCUAUAUCUGGAUAUAAAGAAGUGAUCGAUCUGGCAUAUGAUCUUCCAACUUUAGGUGCAAAUUUGGACUUUUUUUCGGUAAUGUCCUACGACUACCAUGGAGCGUGGGAGGGGCAAACUGGUCAUGUUAGUCCUUUAUAUGGAAAAGCGGUUGAUAGAUAUCCUCAGUAUAAUGUGAACUUCACAAUGGAAUACUUAGUUUCCAAAGGAGCUCCUCGCCAAAAACUUCUCCUAGGUAUACCAUUCUACGGCCAAUCGUUCAGCCUAAUGAAAAAAAGCGGGUAUGCCGAAGGCGCUCCUAGUAACGGACCAGGAGAGCCAGGAGAGUACACGAGACAACCUGGAUUGUUAGCCUAUUACGAAAUAUGUAAUAGAAUUAAGAAUCAGCGAUGGAUAGCACAUAGAAGCAAUAUGGAAACUGGACCAUACGCCUAUAAUGUCGACCAGUGGGUAGGAUAUGAGGAUGUGAUGUCUGUAAAAGAAAAGGCCGCCUACAUUAAAUCCAGAGGUUUUGGAGGAGCUGUAGCAUGGACUAUCGACCUAGACGAUUUUAACAACAGAUGUUGUGAAGGUUCUUUUCCACUUCUAAAAAGCCUCAAUAGAGAAUUGGGUUUAAUUGCCGACAAACCUACUCAAACCGAUUGUACGAAGCCGCCGCCACCUUCAACUCCAGCUCCACCUGAAACCACCACUGGUAUUGACUCAGGUGCUUCUAACGAACACCAUCAUCAUGAAGGUCAAACCAGUACAACGCAGAAAACAACCACUGCUCCUUGGUGGACUACAAAAGUAACAACAACUACAAAAGCACCAUCUACGACUGCUUGGUGGGAAACGCCUUCAUCAACAAACACUUGGUGGAGCACGCAGAAGACUACAACUGUUACCAAAACGACGAAGAAGCCCACCACAACACAAGCAUGGUGGAUGUCUACGAAACCAACUACCAAACCGACUACAACCAAAAAACCCGUUGUAAUACCACCGGAAGGUUCCGUCAUCAUUCCACCACCAGCUGUUGUACGACCGGAAGUAGACCCAACUGCCAAAAAAUGCGAAGCCGGACAUUACCAGCAUGAUCCAAUGAAUUGCAAUGCAUUCUAUAGAUGUGUAGCCGGUGAAUUACAGAAGCAAUACUGCGCAGGUGGUUUACAUUGGAACAGGAAUAAAAACGUAUGCGAUUGGCCUGCUGAAGCCAAAUGUAUGGAGACGAAUCCUGGCCAACCUCCAACAAAGAAACCAACCAAAAAGCCGACAACGGCCUCUUGGCAGACCACUCGCCAGACUCAAACCACCCCAACUACCCGGCGUACAACCGUAGCUUCAGUAAAACCACCAACAGACAUUUCUUGUGACAGCGGAGCGUACUAUCCCCAUGAACAAUGCAAUCAGUUCUACGUCUGCUUCAAUAACCACCUGGUUGAGCAGACUUGCCCGCCGGGACUUAACUUCCACGCUGAAAAAGGGAUGUGUGAUUGGACUUUCAAGGUGAAAUGUUCCAAUAGGAGAAAGAUGGCCGAGAAAUAUACUGCGAUGCAUGAUAAAUAUCUGGCAAACCGUCCUCAACCAUACAGCCGUUGUGAGGGUAAUUCUUUUGCGCCGCUACCAGGAAGUUGUACUCAAUUUAUGCACUGUCAAUGGAAUAAAUACGAGAUUAUGCAAUGUGCACCUGGAUUGCAUUGGAAUAACGAAAAGAGAAUUUGCGAUUGGCCCCAAACAGCCCACUGUUCAGAAGAAAGCGAAACUAACGAUAUCGAUGCAGGUGAAGCACCGAAUGCAAAGCCUGAAGAAAGUACUCUUCCACCAUGGCAUAAGCCAACAACAGUCGCUCCAUAUCCGGAAUGGUCUCCACCAAGUACUACCAAAUAUCCAGAAUGGACACCACCAAGUACCACACAAUGGACACCUUCAGAGUCAAAUGGAAACGAAUGGGAAUGGCACCCUCCAAUCCCACCAACGUCUGAAAAACCGCCACUGUCAGAGCCUCUUAAACCUUUGUCUGGGUACUUUAAAGUGGUGUGUUACUUCACAAAUUGGGCUUGGUACAGAAAUGGUUACGGUAAGUAUUUACCAGAAGAUAUAGACGAGAACCUCUGCACUCACGUCGUUUAUGGAUUUGCCGUUUUGGAUUAUUCCAACUAUGUUAUCAAGGCGCACGAUUCCUGGGCUGAUUUUGAUAAUCAAUUUUACAAGAGAGUUACAGAAUACAAAGCCAAAGGUGUUAAAGUCUCAAUUGCUAUCGGAGGAUGGAAUGAUUCCUUAGGAGAUAAAUAUUCCAAACUAGUAAAUAAUCCAGCUGCAAGGAGACGGUUUAUUGAGCAUGUACUCAAAUUCUUGGAAAAACACAACUUUGAUGGUUUGGAUCUGGAUUGGGAAUAUCCAAAGUGUUGGCAGGUGGACUGUAAGAAGGGUCCCGAUUCUGACAAACCAGCUUUCGCGGAAUUCGUGAAGGAGCUCAAAGAAGCAUUUAAACCAAAAGGUUACUUACUAACAGCCGCAGUUUCACCGAGUAAAACUGUUAUCGACGCUGGAUACGACGUGCCAUCUAUCGCUGAAAAUCUGGACUGGGUCGCCGUGAUGACCUACGAUUUCCACGGACAAUGGGACAAGAAAACCGGGCAUGUCGCUCCGUUAUUCUAUCAUCCCGAAGAUGAAGUGGCAUUCUUCAACUCGAACUUUUCUGUACAUUACUGGAUCUCAGAGGGUGUCCCACGAAGGAAACUUAUAAUGGGAAUGCCAUUGUACGGCCAAUCUUUCCGAUUGGAGAAAGAAAGUGAACACGGAUUAAAUGCAAAUGCACCAGGUCCAGGAGAGGCAGGAGAAUACACCAGAGCUGCAGGAUUUUUGGCCUACUAUGAAAUAUGUGACAUGAUUAAAAAUAGAGGUUAUACCGUUGUACAAGAUCCCACAGGUGCGAUGGGUCCCUACGCGUAUAAAGGAAAUCAGUGGCUCUCAUUUGACGAUCAAGCAAUGAUAAGGAAAAAGUCUGAAUAUAUUAGACGCAUGGACUUGGGAGGUGGUAUGAUAUGGGCCUUGGAUCUAGAUGAUUUCAAAAACAGGUGUGGACAAGGACGACAUCCCCUACUGACAAUAAUCAGAAACACUUUAGCUGAUCCAGGUACCGGUGAACAAGAACCCAUUGAUGAUCUAUACAGACCAGCAGUGAGACCAGUAGAAGCUGUCGUGAUAGAAGAAGAACGAGGCACGCCUCAUUCCCAACCACUGGUAGAUUCUUCGUCAGAGUACAAAGUUGUUUGCUAUUUUACCAACUGGGCGUGGUAUCGACAAGGAGUAGGAAAAUAUCUUCCACAAGACAUUGAUCCGGAUCUUUGUACCCACAUUGUCUAUGGAUUUGCUGUGUUGAAUGGCGAUGAAUUGGUAAUCAAACCGCAUGACAGUUGGGCUGAUUUUGAUAACAAAUUCUACGAAAAAGUGACUGCUUUGAAAGCUAAAGGAAUUAAAGUAUUAAUAGCCAUAGGCGGGUGGAAUGAUUCCGCUGGUGACAAGUACUCUAGAUUGGUCAACAAUCCAUCGGCAAGAAGACGCUUCGUAACUCAUGUUGUAGAUUUCAUAGAGCAAAACAACUUUGAUGGUCUAGAUCUAGAUUGGGAGUAUCCAAAAUGCUGGCAAGUGGACUGCACCAAAGGUCCAUCCUCUGACAAAGAAGCCUUUUCCGAACUGGUGAAAGAACUGUACGAAGCCUUCCAACCCAAAGGCUUGCUUCUAUCAGCUGCUGUUUCGCCCAGUAAACGAGUUAUCGACGAAGGUUAUGACGUUUCACUAUUAUCGAAAUAUUUGGACUGGAUAGCAGUUAUGUGUUACGAUUAUCACGGACAAUGGGACAAAGUAACAGGUCACGUUUCUCCUAUGUACGAGCACCCUGAAGACAGCACUGAAAUAUUUAAUACUGAAUAUUAUCCAGAAAGACUGGACUAUCGUAAGGGACAAAAGGGCAGAAUGGGACCGUACGCUUACCACAGAGACCAGUGGGUAUCUUUCGAUGACAUCGGGAUGAUACGCCACAAAUCUGAGUAUAUUCGUGCCAUGGGAUUAGGUGGUGGAAUGAUUUGGGCUCUGGAUCUGGACGACUUCAAAAAUCUGUGUGGUUGUGAGGAGUAUCCUCUUUUAAGAACAAUCAAUAGAGUUUUGAGAAACUAUAGAAUACCAGAUCCAAAAUGUGUAUUAGGAAAGAAGACAGAAAAACCUACUUCUCUAUCCCCAACACAAAAACCUACCACAAAACCCUCGAUUCAGAAACCUACAACCAAACCUUCUGUACAAAAACCUACAUCCAAACCACCAGUAAUAAUUGAAGAACCGGACAAUGAAUUAGUGCCAACUUUGCCUUGCGAAGGUCAACUUUUUGUGGCACAUCCCAACUGCAAUCAAUACUAUUUAUGUAAUCAAGGAGAGUUGCAAUUGCAGUCCUGUCCUAGUAGUCUGUACUGGAACGUGGACCAUUGCGAUUGGCCAGAGAAUACCCAGUGCCACCCGGACGGUAGUACCUUGGCUCCGGUUGACGAGGUAACCGAAAGCUCUCCGGAACUUCCUGAUGAAGAACCGGCUGUUGUGGAUAAUGGUAUCGACACACCUUCAGGUGGUACUGAUCUAGGCGGACAAGGAAAUAAAGUUAUUUGCUAUUUUACCAACUGGGCGUGGUAUAGACAAGGUGAUGGCAAGUAUUUACCCUCGGAUAUAGAUCCAAAUUUGUGCACCCACAUAAAUUACGGGUUUGCUGUCCUGGAUCCCAAUUCUCUCACAAUUAAACCGCACGACUCAUGGGCUGAUAUUGAUAAUGAAUUUUACAAGAAAGUCGUAGAGUACAAAUCCAAAGGGAUAAAAGUUUUGAUAGCGAUUGGAGGUUGGAACGACUCUUUGGGAGACAAAUAUUCCAGAUUGGUAAAUAAUCCACAAGCCAGAGCUAGGUUUGUAGCUAAUGUCAUAGAAUUCAUAGAAAAGUAUGGAUUUGACGGUCUGGAUCUCGACUGGGAAUAUCCAAAGUGUUGGCAAGUGGACUGUGAAAAAGGCCCUGCUUCAGACAAACAAGGUUUCGCUGCUCUAGUGCGAGAAUUAAGCUUUAGCUUCAGAUCUAAAGGACUGAUAUUAUCUUCCGCUGUAUCGCCGAGUAAAGCCGUCAUAGAUGCCGGUUAUGACGUCCCAACCUUAAGCAGAUAUUUCGAUUGGAUCGGUAUUAUGACGUACGACUUUCACGGACACUGGGAUAAACAAACUGGACAUGUGGCCCCGCUGUAUUAUUAUCCUGGUGAUACUUACGACUAUUUUAAUGCGAAUUUUUCAGUUCAUUAUUGGAUUUCAAAAGGAGCUCCACCAGAAAAGCUAAUCUUGGGAUUCCCGCUUUAUGGCCAGUCAUUUAGUUUGGCCGAUUCCGGCAAGAGAGGCUUGAAUGAAAAAACUUACGGACCAGGAGAAGCUGGCGAAUUCACUAGAGCAGGAGGUUUCUUAUCAUUUUAUGAAGUAAGUAUUUUUUAG